AUGCCUCAAAACGAGUAUAUCGAGCAGCAUAUCAAACAGCAUGGUAGACGGCUGGACCACGACGAGCGCAAAAGAAAGAGGGAGGCCAGAGAGUCGCAUAAGGUGGCGAAGAACGCCCAAACUCUGAAGGGAUGGAGAGGUAAGCAGUUUGCCAAGCAGAGAUACUCUGAGAAGGUGGCCAUGCGCAAGAAGAUCAAGGCUCACGAGGAGAGUAAAGUCAAGGGUCCUAAGAAGCCGGCAGAUGAGGACGGAGAGGCCCUUCCUACAUAUUUGCUGGACAGACAGCAGCAGACCACAGCCAAGGCCAUUACAUCUUCGCUCAAACAGAAAAGAAUGGAAAAAGCCGACAAGUUUUCUGUUCCGCUGCCAAAAGUUCGUGGUAUUAGUGAGGAGGAGAUGUUCAAGGUUGUCAAGACCGGAAAAUCAAAGUCGAAAUCCUGGAAGAGAAUGAUCACCAAGCAUACUUUCGUGGGAGAAGGAUUCACAAGAAGACCUGUGAAACUCGAGAGAAUUAUCCGUCCAUCCGCAUUGAGACAAAAGAAAGCCAACGUUACGCAUCCAGAACUGAAGGUCACCGUGUUACUGCCUAUUCUAUCCGUCAAAAAGAAUCCUCAAUCGCCAAUGUACACCACUCUGGGUGUUCUUACCAAGGGAACCAUCAUCGAGGUGAACGUUUCCGAGAUGGGAAUGGUCACUGCUGGAGGUAAGGUUGUGUGGGGUAAAUACGCCCAGGUCACCAACGAGCCUGAUAGAGACGGAGUGGUGAACGCUGUGCUACUCGUUUAA